UACCGGCCGGCCCGGAACGACGAGUUGGAGCACUGCGUUUCCUGAUAGACCACAUUGGCUGUCACUUCCGCCCAAGGAUUUGGAAUACCCGUGGCGCUUUGGCUACGAACAGCAGGAAAGGCACUUCCGGUGCCUGUUGCCAAGGCGCCGGCCCCUUGGGCCUAAAGGAGCGACAUUAUUGGCGUUGUCCUCUCCCCCCUACCUGGGGGUCGAGAUGUCGGGGCUCAGCGACCCAGAGAGAGAGGGCUGUCGUAACAUGCUCGGCCUACUGGAUAACGAUGAUAUCAUGGCCCUAUGCGACACCAUCACAAACCGCCUUGUGCAGCCUGAGGACCGCCAGGAUGCCAUUCGUGCAAUAUUAGCAUAUAGUCAAAAUGUAGAAGAACUUCUGAAGCGUAAAAAAGUCCACCGAGAUGUCAUAUUUAAGUACUUGGCAUCACAGGGAGUUAUUAUACCUCCAGCUACUGAAAAACACAGUCUUAUCCAGCAUGCAAAGGAUUACUGGAAAAAGCAAUUACAUCUGAAAUUGAAGGAAACACCAGAGCAAGUUAAGACCUCUAUGGAUAUUAAAAUCUUUCAACAGCAGGAGAAAGAAGAUAAAACUGAAAAAGUUGAUUUUCGUCAGUUAGGGAAAGAAUUCUGUCACUGGUUCUUUGAACUUCUUAAUUCUCAAAAUCCUUUACUCGGACCACCUCAAGAUGAAUGGGGACCGCAGCACUUCUGGCAUGAUGUCAAGCUUAGGUUUUACUACAACACCUCUGAACAAAAUGUGAUAGACUACCAAGGAGCAGAUAUCGUGAGCCUUCGUCUGCUGUCACUAGUGAAAGAAGAAUAUCUUUUUCUCAGUCCCAACCUAGAUUCCCGAGGAUUGAAAUGUGCCUCUUCUCCCCAUGGUCUGGUUAUGGUUGGAGUUGCUGGGACUGUCCACCGAGGGAACACUUGCUUGGGCAUUUUUGAACAAAUUUUUGGACUCAUCCGCUGCCCUUUUGUGGAGAAUACUUGGAAAAUCAAAUUUAUCAAUCUGAGAAUUAUUGGAGAGGCUUCUCUUGCUCCUGGAGCAUUAAUGAAACCAGCUAUUAAAUUUGAACCAAGUGAUCUAGAGGCCUUUUAUAAUGUAAUCACUCUAUGUGGUACCAGUGAAGUACAUCAUAACGUAAGGUAGGCAUUGGGUUGUGGAACUGAAGACCAAGCUGUAUGUGGUGGAAAGGAAACAUUGUUGAACAAAAGAGAACUGAGUUCAGGUUACCCUCUAAAGCAGUAAGAACUGUAUGGCAGUCUAUAAAGAAACUCUUCCAGGUACUACAUUGACAUAUUUUAGGUGAAAUAUCUUUUUUGACUACAGACAUACAUUAUGUGAAUACUUGCCUCUUUCUACUUCAAGUUGCAGCAAAUGUUCUGAGGGCUUAAUGCAGUUCAUCAAAUAAAUUCCACUUUAGAUGUUAUAAACAUUGUGCCUUAGAAACCAGGUAAUAUUUUAUUUUACUGAGUGAGUAUUCUGCUAAUGGGUGUGCUUUUCAUGUGGGAAAGGAGUAAUGUGUUCAAGGCUUCCCCUUUUCAAAUUUCUUUUAGCAGUCUGAAUAAUUUUACAAACACAUCAUAAUGACAAUACUGUUUUUUUAAAAGUACAUGUAUUAGAGACGUUUAAUGUGAAAUCGAAGUUAAUAUUCUAGAAAACUUGAGUGAUAUGCAUGUACUUUUUAUGCAGAAAGCCCAAUAACUUAGCAGGUAUAAAAAGAAUUGCCUUUUUAAAAUUUGAAGAACAUACUUCGAAGUUACCUACUGUAGUCCAAACUAAAUAUCUUAUAACGUGCAACACUUCAGGAACUGUUUUAGACAAUGAUAAGUGCUGGGCUCAAGACAGACCUUAUCGUGUAAGGCUUUAAUAGUUUUAUGGAGUAUUUAUUGUAACACCAUAUAAAGGAAACACACUGUUGAAAUUUUUCAAAAGAUGUGCCCAAUUUCUAACCUCCAAGUGAAUUACUGUUUUCCUCUUGGUUGAUGUUGGAUGAGGUGAACAAAAAAAAAUUACAAUGUAAGAGCAUACGCCCUCAUCAUAAAUUAAAAUUACUAGGAUUUUUUUCAUUUGUGAUUUGUUUUACUAGGAUUGAGUUAUGAUGUUAAGUUGCCAAAUUAAUUACAUACUUGCUUUAAAAUUUAAAUUUCUCAUCACCCAGCAGCUACUUGCUGAUCUGGAUUUAGUUUGUAAUUUUAAUUUCCAAAAUGCCCAUUGGCAAAAAAUUCAUCUGGGAAAUGUUGUGAUGAUGUAUUUAUUAUACCUGUUAACUUUCUACCUUUAACUCUGCUUGCGAUCAUCUAGAGUGACUGGAAAGAAUUGUGGAAGCAGGAGGAAAAUACUCUUUUGUUUUUUUAGUGUCAUGCCUCUAAUGAGGAGUAUAAAUUGAUGUGUCCUAAAAUAAAAACUUAAUAAAGGAGAGAAAUCUCUUUUUUCAGCUGUUGGAAUAGUGUAUUGUUUAGAGUUAAAGCCAAAUUUUCUUUACAUUGCAAAUGUCAUUAUAACGUGUAAUUGAUAAAUAUCCUAAGAAAAGGAUAAAUUAAAUAUUAUUUCCAUUUUUUUCUUUGUGUUAAUGUCCAGUGCUGCAGAAAUAUAACCAUGGAUGCUCAGGAUGGGCAGAAAUUACUUCUCGCCGUCUGUGAUGUGGAAUUUUUAGUAUAUGUAAUGCUCAAGUGAAGCUGCAAACCGCAUAUUUGCUUUUUAAUCACUCUUAAACAUUUGAAAUUUUUCUGAUACACUAAAUCUGUUGAGAAUUGAAGCUGUGUUUUAUAUCCUAUGAAUCCCCACAGCUGGGCACACCUGUAGGACAUAAUGUUUAACAGAACGGCUGAAACAGUGAGCAAAAGAGGCUUACAUUCUGUGUAGAAGAAUCUGUGUCUAGGUUUUUGUCUUCAGUAAUUCUUAUCAAUGGUAAUUUUUUGAUCACAUUGUGAGUUUGAGUUUUAUAUGUGGAUACACAGAAACUCUUAGGCCUCAGACUAACUAAGAUUUGGGGAAUAUUUGAGCUUUCAUUUAAAAUUUCCUGAAUUUCAGAAGUCCAAGGUCAGAGUGGGAUGUACUAGGAGGGCCAUAAGACUACCUAAAAAAUGUUAAAGGGGAAGUGGAUACUUCCAGGUUGGAGAAAGAAAUUUGUUCAUGAAGCUUAAACUUGGGCAGGCCUCCAGGAAGCCCAGAAGAAUAGUGCAGCUUGAGCUCUCCUUUUACUACCAUCCUUGUCAUUUAUUUUAGCAUAGGGCAGAGACCCCCACCCCAGCCUUAUGUCUCUUGUUUUAUCACAUUCAGCUGGUAUUCGGGAAGUCUGUGGAGGCAAGUGGUAAAGAAUAAAACUUCCUACAUAUAAAUCAUAGUAAUUGGGUGGUCAUAUCACAGAAGCACCUGGACUUGAUUUGCUGUGGCCUAAUAAUGGUAUCACCCUAUUUUUCAGACUAUAAGAUGAACUCCCCAAAUUUGGGAAGAAUGGGGGGGUGCGUCUUACUGUCCAAAUGUAGCUUGUCUGGCUCGCUGUGGGGCGGGGGACAGCAGUGGAGCAGGGUCACAGGUUAUUAAGUAUUGUACCACUCUUUUUGCUUCAAAAGUUUUCCCAUUUCCUCCUCUAAAAAACCUAGGUCGGUCCUAUAGUCCUAAAAAUACAAUAUGCAUCAAGUGUCUUUUGGGGGAAAUAAAUCUCAAAGUAAUAAUAAUAUUAGUAUAUUAGUAUCUGAGAUGCAAAAAAAAAUUUUCACGUGUCUCAUUAGCUAACAAUAAUAGGAAAAAAGCCAUCUCUGAUUUAUUAAAUCUACUUGCAACUGGCGAACACUUGUUAGGAAAAUGUUCUCAGGUUUUCACAAAAGUUAACAUUUUUAUGCUAAAGGAAGGCUACUUAGUCCUAGUAAAAAUCUUAAUAGCACCAGAAAAGGAUUUAAAGAGUAGUGGUUUAAUUUAAAAAUAGCUAAUCAGAAACAUGUUUUAACAAAAUGGCUUUUGUGGCAAAGUACAUCAUACAAAUGAAUGAAAACCAUACCUUAACAUUUUUCUUAGUAUCUGUUUUCACAAAUUUAGAUGCCCUUUUCUUCACUUGUUCUUAGUUAGGGUUGUGGAGAGGUGUUCAUCAACCUUUGGAAAAUAAGACCUAUGUUUCCUCUCCUGAGAAAAAGUAUGUUUGCAUAACAUACUACAAUUGCUGCGUAAUAUUUCAGUGAGUUCUUGGACUUCUUUAAAGCACAUCUGUGAAUCUUACAGAAAUUCUUAUACUCCAUGUGAAAAUCUUGCCAUAAUAGUUUUAUUUCCCCCAGACUACUGUUCUACUAUAUUAAAAUUAAAAUUAUUUUUAGAAACUUUGUCCCCUUGCCAGACUUCCAAAGCUAGAGUACAAAAAUCUUAUGAGUGAUUCCUAGGAAAUCUUGUUAGUUUAUGGUAGCUAUUAACUUGUAAAUUGUAGCUUUCAGGAGAUGUCAGAUUUAAGACAAAACCUACUGAAAUAUUGUCAAGUGAAACAAAAAUCAGAAUUCAUUUUAUUUUGACAAAAAUUUGAUGAAUAGUGAACAUGCUUUGGAGUGAUUAAAAAUGUGAAAAGGAAAAGAUUUUAUUUAUUUAUUUUUAAAGAUUUUAUUUAUCUUUAGAAAGGAAGAGAAGGAGAGAGGGAGAGAGAUAUCAAAGUAUGGUUGCCUUUCAUGCUUUCCUGGCUGGGAACUGGCCUGCAACCCAGGCAUAUUGACUGGGAAUGAAACCGUGAUCCUUUGGUUCGCAGGCCUGAGCUCAAUCCACUGAGUUACACCAGCCAGGUCAGGAAAAUAUUUUUAGAAAUCUUUUCCCAAGAUCUUCACAAAAACUAUCCUAAGAAGGUGUCUAUUUCAUAAUGAUUGUAUAUUGCUAAUUCUGAUAAAGAAUUUAAAAAAUAUGAACAUUGUCUUUGAAGGGCCUCCACGUGUGAUCUGCUUUACACCACGUGGUCUCACCUCGCCUCCCACACCCACCCCCCACCCUAUUUGUAAUCUUUGUAAUUGGCCAGUUUGCAGCUAGUACAGCCUCAGUGCUAGAAACGGUUUUCUGUAUCUGGGCUCUCUGUAACCUUAUUUGGCAUAUAGUUACUGAGCAUCUACAGUUUAUGAGUUACUGAGUCAAGUGCAAGAUAAAAUAAUUCAUUACUAGGUUAUUUAUGUAAAUUUACGUUGAAUUCAAACCUGGGUUUAGAUGUCUUAAAGUGUGAACUACAUGUAGCUGGGUUUGGUAAUAUCCUUUAGUAUGUCAGAACAAUAAAUAUAUAAUCGACGUUUUAAAUAGCUAUGUGGCUUUACCUAAGUCAUACAGACUUUAGGAAUAAAAAAUAUAGGAUAUUUUGACAGACCACUUUAUUUAGAAUUGGAAGGAGAAUAUUUAUUUAAGAAUUGUAUCAGAGUGCAUUGAAUCUUUUUAGCUUAGUUUUUUUAGUUCGAACCUUUCUGAUAGUCUUUCAGUAAAAAUGUGUUCAUAUUAAAAUUAAGUGUGAUAUUUGCUGUGAAUUAGAAUGUACCUCAAAAUGUUAAACCAGAAUCUGCAGAAUUACUUGUGUUAAUUAGAAUCAGAGGCCUAAAAUUUGAUUUCUGUUAUCAGUACUGGCAAAUUUAAUUUUCCCUUUUAGUCAGUUAUUUAGUGAAGGUUUCUUUGGUUAACAGUUUUCAUUUUCAGUUUUUAGAUACCCUGAAUCUCAAGUGUGAAAUUAUAUUUGAAUUAAUGAAUGUAAGGAUUGAAGGAACCCCCUGUAGUCCACUGCCAACUGUGUUACUUGAACAAUCUAAUGUUUUCUGAACAAAAAAUAACUAAGGAAAGCCUUUUUUCCUGGAUCCAUUUUGUUGGAUGAGUUUGCAUUCAUCUUUUCCAUCUCCCAUUUUUUACUCUACUAAUAGUAUCAACACUUCAUUGUCUCAUAUUGUUGCGUGUAAGUUCCUUUUGCCUCCUUACAUAGAUCAUAAGAUAAGUUCUAGGUAAAUUUUUAGAACUGGUGAGUUACUUAUUUCACAAUCUGCUUUUCCCCCAGUCCCCUGCACAAGGAUACAUAAGCUAAAUUUUGGGUGCUUAAUAUGCUGGCUGCUUUUCUGUGCCCCUUGUGCUUAUCGACUCAUUUCAUCCCGUGGAUUGCUAAAUGAGGUAGAUAUCAUUGUACUUCGUUUCCAAAAAAAAAGAAAAAGAAAACAAAAAACAGGGUUCAAUGACUAACUUCCCAGCAUUUGGAGCAAAUGCCAGAACCUAGAUUUAAAACCCAGUGUGAGAGCCUGAGAGUCUGGUGAUACCUUACUAAGUUAUAUUGCCUCUUACAUGUAGUAGGUUUUUGAUGCAUCUUUUUCCACUGGUUAUCUUCAAUAUGAAGGUUGUCAUUUUCUGGCACUUAACUGCCAAAGCAAAGCUGCCUUUACUCUAUUGUUUAUGCAAAAACAGAGUAGGAGUAUCAGUACACACUGUAUUGUGUUUUAAUUAAACCUCUUAAGUUGCUCAUGUAGUUAUUUAAAACUUCUGGGUUGGCCCUGGCUGGUGAGAACCAAAGGUUCGAUUCCCAGUCAGGGCACAUGCCUAGGUUGUGGGCAAGUGCAAGCGAAUAAUCCAUGUAUCUCUCACACAUUGAUGUUCCCCUCUCUCUCUCCCUUCCCCUCUCUCUAAAAAUAAAUCUUUUUAAAAAAAGAAAGUUGAUUGGGUAAUAAAAUAAUUAUUAAAUAUUAAUAUUAAAUAUUUAAUAAUUAUUAAGUAUAAAAUGUAUAUGUAACCAUUGUAUCAACCAUUUCUUGGACUCAUCGUCACACCACAAUCUCCAGUCAUCUUCCCUUCCUGUUAUGACUGUUGUGCUUUCAGCCCGAGAAUUAGUCUGUUUCAUGCAUCCAAUUUCUUGCCAUGUCUGGAUGUAGCGUAUGUAUAGAAUUGUUUUCUAUUUCAGCUGUUGCUGUAAUUGGACUCUUUACAUUAACCUAGACUUAUUUUUUGCUUUAAUAUUUCUUACAUGUUUGUGACAUUAUAUGCCCUUAAAGUACAGCUUUCACCAUAUUUUUCGUGUUCAGAACUUCAGUGGUGUUGUAUUACCUUCAAAGUCUGGUUUUCAUUACCAGCUAAGUUGGGUUCCACUCAUUUUCACACAUCAUUUGAUCCCGCAUUUACUGCUGUAUAUAUAGUCUUUGUGUUUACUUAUCCUAUACUUAUCCCUGUGCUUUUAUUGGCAAGUAUAUGAAAUUGUAGAUUUAAGUUUGUGUUGUAGUCUGAUAAUGUAUUGUAGAAAGAAAAGAAUUAUGAUUGAAAUGGAGUUUGCAACUGGAAAUUUCAGUAAGGCAAGCACUUUUUCUCUUUAGGACGUGUACAUCAUCUGUCUAGAACACUUUCCCCAGCUUUUUGCAUGGCUGCUUUAUUUACAUUUUGAGGAUUUGGGUUAGAUCAGGGGUGUCACUCAUUUCCACGGGGGGCCACAUCAGCCUUGCAGCUGCCUUCAAAGGGCCGAAUGUAAUUUUAGGACUUUAUAAAUGUAACUACUUCUUAACGGUUAAGUGAGAGCUCGGUGCUGCCGCUGGGUAGAAACAAGGUGCAGGGCUGGAUUCGGCCCGCGGGCCUUGCGUUUGCCACCUGUGUGUUAGAUGUUUCCUCUCAGACCAGGUACACCCUAUUGAUAAUAUUUAUGAGAGCACCUUGUUAGUUUCAGUCUUAGUACUUAGCUACUUUAUUUUUUUAAUAUAUUUUAUUAAUUAUGCCAUCACAGUUGUUCUAUUUCCCCCCUUCAUUCCCCUCCACCCUGCACACCCCCUCCCCCACCAUUCCCCCCCUUUAGUUUAUGACCACAUGUCUCAAGUUCUUUAGAUUCUAUAUUUCCCAUACUAUCCUUGCCCUCCCCCCUAUUUUCUAUCUACCAUCUAUGCUACUUAUUUUCUGUACCUUCUCCCCCCUUCUCCUUCUCCCACUCCCCUGUUGCUAACCCUCCAUGUGAUCUUCAUUUCUAUGAUUCUGCUCCUGAUCUAGCUGUCCUCUUAGUUUGCUUUUGUUUUAGGUGUGGUUGUUAAUAACUGUGAGUUUGCUGUCCUUUCACUUCAUCUUUUUUAUCUUCUUUUUCUUGGGUAAGUUCCUUUAACAUUUCAUAUAAUAAGGGCUUGGUGAUGAUGAACUCCUUGAAUUUGAUCUUAUCUGAGAAGCAAGUUAUCUGCCCUUCCAUUCUAAAUGAAAGCUUUGCUGGAUAGAUCAAUCUUGGAUGUAGGUCUUUGGAUUUCAUGACUUGGAAUACUUCUUUCCAGCCCCUUCUUGCCUAUAAGGUCUCUUUUGAGAAAUUUGCUGACAGUCUGACGGGAACUCCUUUGUAGGUGACCUUUAAUUUAUUAAUCUUCCCCACUAGAUUUUAAACUGAGAGCAGAGACUGUUUUCACUUUCAUUGCAUUUCCAUUGCUUUGUACAGAGAUUAGGUAUUCAAUAUUUACUAGAGAUACAAAUAAAGGAACAAAUGCUGCUGUUCAUUCAGAGCCUUAUGUCAGUAUAUUCCUAGUCCUUUGCCUGUUUGCUAAAGAUAAUGCCUAGCACAUAUAUUAGAUGCUCAAUAAACAUUUGUGAAAUGAACAAAGCCAAAGUUAUCUUCCUGAAUAAUGGUAUAUGAGCUGUAGUACAAUCAAUAGUCUUUAGGAGAGAAAGUAAAAUUUUUAUGCAUCUGUAAAAGAUGAAGAAACCGAGCCCCCCCACCCCACGAAGUAAUAUGCUGAAAACUACACAAUUUUGUUAUGAAGGUUUUUCCCUGGGAUUUGGGGGUUUUCUUUUUUAACCACAAAACUCGUGUUUCUUUUUGCUCUUCGUUUCCAAUUUGACUACUCCAACUACCUCAUUUUGAAAGAAUUUAAACUCUAAUUCUUGAUUUUUUCAUACAUAAUAAACCAAUUAGAUAAGAUGAUUUUUUAAGUCUGAAGUUACAUGGUUUUAUGAUUACAUGUCUUUUCAGCAACUCAAGAAUAUUCCUUUUAAAUAAAUUUGUAGUUCAUUGCUGAGGGUAUUUUUUAAUUUUGCUUCUUUGUAAAUCACACUCAUUGAAAAACACUUCAUUCUUUGUUUUUUUCCCUAACAAGUAUACAUUUUUAAGAGUGUGUAGUGUGUGUAUUUCUGGUUAUAGGAAGGAAACGCAAAAGGAUGAAAAUAUUACACAUCAAAUGUACAAUAGAAAAGGGAAAAAGUAUGAAGCCUUUAAAGUAUUUUCCUAUUUUCUAACCACUAAAAAUCCUAAAGUUGUUUGAAACUACCAUUCUGUAAAAUUUUUUUGCCUUGUUGCAUAUGUUCAAAAUAUGUUUUCAUGUGUUAAGAAAAUUGGAAAGUGGCUUACAGAUGGCCAAAUUAUAGAUUGCCAGUAAUGUCUAGUAAAAAUAAAGAUGCUACUAACAUAAUUUUAAAAAGUACCCAGCAACAAACUACAAGUUUCAUCAAAGAGAAUUGGAGUUGCCAAACAGUUAAAAAAGUGACAUCGGAGACAGUGAUGUAUUUGGGCAGGAUUUUUUGUAGGAAGGAUGGCACUGUGGAUGCUGCUAAUAAGGUCAUUGGGUUAAUUCUAGGAAGUUUGAACAGGACACAUUUAACCAAAAGUGGUUUUGCUGUGCUGAUUCCAUUGGUUGGAGACCUUUAUGACAGAUGGGGCUUAGAGUUCAGAAACAAGGUAACGGAGAGGUAAGCAUGUCAGGGGCUUUAGUGCUGGAACUAGAACGACAAUCACAAAAUCGUUAAGAGAAAUUUUAUGAACUAGGAAUUAAAAGAAAUUGUAAAAUGAGCCAUAAUUUUAAUUCUAAAAGCAGCCUUAAACUAUGACGAGAAUUUAGGACUAAGAAAAAGUUGGUUUGAAAUAUUAUCAGUGUUUUCUCUUAAAUGUUCUUUCAAUUUUGUAAACAUUUAUUGAGCACUUACCAUGUACUGGGUAUUUUAACAGACAAAGUAUCUUUUUAGCUUCCUAGGCUCUUCUCUUUUUGUUUUAAUAUAUAAAGUAAUGUCUACUGUUUGUUUAAUAAAGGGUUUAUUUUAUUAGAAAUUGCUUCUCUGUGAUUUCUUCUCGAUGCCCUCGUUACCACUUUAACUGUGGUCAUCUUUUAGGGUCUAAUCUGGUUGGGUUGGAGCAGCGCUGCUGAAAGAGGAAUGAUCCUUGGUAAACAGCCUGGCAGUUUCAGACAGAGGGAAAAAACACACGGAAACCUUUUGUCACAUAUGGAACACUUCGCCAAUUUUAUGCACGUAAUGCACAUUUUAUAUAUUUUAAUGUAAGACGACUUUUACAAAAACUCAGUGUUCUGUUGUUACCGUGUGAUCAUUAGGUGCGUAUGUAACACAAGGACCGUGUUGGUUAGGUUAGUUCAGCCAACACGACGUUCCUCUGUUCAUCUUCAGUAAUGGACUUGCCUAUUGAUUUUAAUGUCGGCUACAGCAAAUUUGUUUUUUUGUGGUUCAUGAAAAUAGUAACAAAUGCCACCAUUAAUUAAAUGCCUUAAUGUAAAUAGUGGGGAAAAAAACCUCAAUUUGAAUGCAGAAUUAGAAUGCGUCUGUGCUAUGCAGUUGAUUCAGAGUGUGAUGUUUUCAACAAAUCAGUUGGGUUAUGUAAGGAAGUCGGCCUUCGAUCUACCACUAGGUAGUAGCACAUGGUCUGUCAGUAUUUGCAUGUCACUGUCAAAAUCGUCACACCUGGUAUAUGAAUUUAGUUAAGUAGUUUUAUUUUUCUUGAACAACCCUAAAAUAUGUAAUACAUCUUAGUUUAAAAUCUGUCAUGCAAGGUGGAGAAGGGUCCAAAAUUACAGGCAUCAUGCAGACUUGCACUCCUUAAAGUAAAUCAAGUGUGAAACACGGCUGCCAGUUUCUGUCCCAGAUUACUGGCACACACACAGCGCACUGAGCCCUUGAUGACAGGAAGCCGCCUCCCUUAGCCUCAGUUACUGGGGCCCCUGCCUGAGAUCAAUUACUUGGACAUGAAGACAUUUUAACAUUUUCGAUGAUUCUUGACAAUAAGAUCUUGAUGAUCUUAAUGAUUAUGUCCAUUUUUCUGUUUGUAUUUUCUGUGUUGGGUCAUUGGAUGUAGUCCUCAGACAUAACGCAUGCUAGCCUCUAACAGCUAUGAAGCAACCUGUUUGUUACAUGUGUGUCUGAAUUUGUAGACUAGGUUCAAAUAUUAAAUAAAUCUGUAACAAAAUAAUAAACACUAUUGCCAAGAAGCUUGUACCAACAGUCUCAACAAAUUUUGAUUAGAAAACUAAGUUAUUAGAAAAGUUCUAAGAAAGUUGCAUACUUGAGUAACAGCACAGAAGAGCAGUUCCUAUUUUGUACACUCUGGAGGAUAUUUUUUUAAGCUAUGAGAGAAAGUUUACUUAGAGGCAGCCACAGAGGUAGAAGAAGUGAGCCGUAGAAGAAAUGGGCUCAGGAAAGGCAUUGCAGAAGCAAAGGAAGAGGGAGGGAAGGAGGGAGGUACGCUGCGGGUGUGCUCUGGAUAAAGCACAGCACCGGGUCCCGGUCUUAAGGGCUUUUAUGUGGGGGUCUCAGUGGACUACAUCAGCAUUCCAGGUGUGCCCCUCAGGGUUGUGGUGUCCACAGCCAGGUUGUCACCAGGGAAGAGAGGGUCACUAGUCAGUGCAGCUGGGUCUGAGGCAGCCAUGGGUUGCUCUGACUGGUUUUACUGCUUCUCUAGGCCUGAAGCUGAAACAUAGCUGAGACCUAGGUGUCACCUCCAGGGGUUAAUGCCUAAGGAAGUGGUCGUUUAAGGCCUUUGCCCUUUGCUAGAUACUUGGGGCUCUCCACCCUGGGGACCCUCUCUCUGCACCAAGCCUAUUGUCCCUAAUCAUGCCUAUCUCAGCUCUUGCCUAUCUACCUGCUACAUCCCCACCCUCCCACCCCCCUCAAGGAUCUUGGCUCUGAAUUUUCUAAGGGAAAGAAAUGUAGGGUCUCUUCUGUAGCUACUUCCUGCAGAUGGAAGGGUCAUCAAAGGUCAGUAGUCCCCGAGUAUGAAUAGGGUUUGGUAACCUGUUAGAGGCAACUUGUAUUAUAAAUCUUCAUGUUAUUGGAGCAAAAACUAGAACAACAAAGAAUUAUGGUGGACAGUGCUAGAGGAUAUUUUGUAGACAAAACCAUUGAUGUACAGUGUCUAAAUCAUUAUUUGGCAUAAAUGACUGAGAAGGCCUUGAAUAUAAAACACAGAUUACAUGAGGAAAUAAGUUUUGGUGAGGACUAGACAGGAUGUGUUAAUCUUUAAUGAUGGAUCAGCAGUUCGGGGGCAGAAAUGAAGGUGGUUGUUAGGUAAAUAAGAGGCUUAUACAAAAAAGUCGUUAACUCAUCCCAUUCGUAAAAGAGCAGUUACUUGUUCAACAAGAAACCAUGAAGACACUGUUUCAGUGUUGAAGGGAAUAGAAAUACAAUUAAAUUUUACCCCUUGUGUCUACACUAUUUUUUAUAACGGCGCUGUAUGGAACACUGGUCAGGAAGUUUCAAAGCUGUUUUUUAAUCCAGUUCUGCCUCUUCAGAGAAAAGGGGUUCAUAGGAGGUUUUGAAAUAAAAGCAGAUUAAAACAAUUUUUGGUGACAUUGUUAAUUUAGUAAAGGGCUUUCCCUUGAUGUGAGGUGUCUAGCUCAUGGCGUCUCAACCAGUCUUUCUACUGUUGUGAAGAGACGUCCCUGCCUCCAGGUCCAUAAUGUGAACUGUAGUGACAGGCAGUUGAGAUGAUUUUAAGAUUACACAAAAUUUUGUGCAAAUGGCUCAGUUUUACAGAGCUUCAAUCCCCAGUACCUCCCCCAACCUCAUUUUCUUGGUUUACCGCUGACACAAUAUAUUUGGGUACUUAUUUAAAACCACAUCCAAAUACUGCAACAUAAUAUGAAAGAAUACUCUCCUAAACUGAGUGCAAAAGACAGAUUGGGAAUCCAUUUAACACCAUCUGCAGGGAGAUUUUCCUUUUGGUGAUUCAAGGUAAGAAGAUCAUUGUGAAAGUAUAUGACUGAAGAAUAUUAU